CACUGGAUGACUUUGAUCAGCGCGUAGGAUUGGGUUCUCUUGCUGCACCCUCUGGAAGGGAGACGGGGUGUGACCCAGACGUGAUGAGUCUUGUGACAGAUGACCUCUUAACAUUGCCAGCCGACGGAUCGCUGCCCUUUGUCCAGCCUAGUCCUCUUAUGUCAGAGCAUCAAAGUAGUGAGUGGAACAGACAGUCACGUAAAACAUCUUUCUGCCCUUACCAAACCUCAUCACUCAAUACUGAAAGCGGUUCCAGUCUCCAGGAGAACGGGAAAGCUGUUGGUCACCAAAAUCCACACAGAGACUUCAGCGAAGAGAAACACAGUGUGUAUCGCACACCUGAGAGGUGCGACUCUGCCUCUGAAGGAAGUUCAAGAGCCCUGUCUCUUGAAGAGAACUCUAACAAGAACUAUCCAAGCUGCCUUACCAUCCACAAGUCUGACUUCAGCGUAUCGCAGGUAAGUAGUAUUCCCGAUUUUCACUACCCAGACUGGCUUAAGAGUUACAAAGUUUUUUCUGAUUCAACUGAAGAAAGGGAUGGUGAAAAUCUUGAUAUACAAGGCGAAACUUCCUCUUCACAGACUUUUGAGAUGCUGGAAAAAGGACCGUCUGUGGAUAAAGACAGUUCUAAUUUUUUGGAAAAAAAUGGUUGGCUGGAUCCAAGAGGUGACGAUGAAGUAGGAGACACGUGCAGCUAUGACAGUCCAGAAGCAUGCUUCCCAUUUGAUCACUCAUUUUCAAGACCCACUAAAAAGCUGUUCAGAGAAGACCAACUUGAGCUACUUAUCUUGAAGGCUGACAGAGGUCUGGAGAGCUCAGCUGAACACUUGUCAAACAUGCUGGAAAAUGAUGGCAGCCCUUCUAUAACAGAUAUACUAGGAGCAGAAAGAUCAUGGGAAAACGGUCCGGGCGCUUUCAAACCACCAGUGCCUGUGUGCUGUGAGGACAUGGACAAUGCCCUACCAUUCCCCAAGGCAGAUAUCAUACAUAAAUUCCUGGAAGACUGUUUAGAAGACAAAAAUAAGGAAAAUACUUUUCCUGGAGGUCAUCAUCACAGGCCCCUUGAAACUUCGAAGCUCAUGUUGUUUAAAUUUCAAGCAAUUCAAGGAAGUUUAAGCCAGAAUGAAAUUGCUGAGCAAAAUGAUGAGUUUGAGAAACUUUCUGAAAAAGCAGAAGCUGCAUUAAAACUGUGUGACAGUGAGAUAAUGCCUCUUACUAAUUCUGUUCAGAAGGCUUUACUACACCAUUUGUCAUGUCUUGAAAGUCUUGUUGAGGACAACAACGACCAGCAGGAGCAGACUGGUGAUCAGGAAGAUAAACAAGGAAAAAAAGAAUAA